AUGAACUCAGAUCAAUAUUUAAAUACUAUUGAAAAAGCAAAAUCAUUGAUUUACGAAGGUCAAAGUUAUGAAUUAUGCCUUACAACACAAUUUCAUACCAAGUUGCCAAAUAAACUAAAAAAUAUUGAUGAUAUUCUAGAGUUGUAUUACUACAUUAGAUCAAAUAAUCCUGCUCCUUAUUCAGCUUUUAUUUAUUUCAAUAACUUAAGUUUAUCAAUAUUAAGUUCGUCACCUGAAAAGUUCUUAGAAAUAGAUGAUAAGGGAGUUAUAGAGAUGAAGCCAAUAAAAGGUACAGUUGCAAAAGCAAAUAAAUGCUUUUGUGAAAAGAAGAAGACUAAUGAAACAAAGGAUCAAUAUUAUGAUAACAAAUGUGAUAACGAAGAGUGUUGUAAAAUUAAAAGAAAGGAGGAGGAUUUAAGAAGAAUUUAUAUGCUAAAAAGAAAUGUUAAAGAAAGAGCUGAAAAUUUGAUGAUUGUGGAUUUAAUACGUAAUGACCUUUCACAAAUAUGUAUUCCUAAUACAGUCAAAGUACCAUAUUUGAUGAAGGUAGAAUCAUAUAAAAGUGUUCACCAACUUGUGACAACUGUUAAAGGAAAUUUAAAUAGAAAUAUAGAUUAUGUUAAUGUCAUCAAAAAUUGCUUUCCUCCUGGAUCAAUGACUGGUGCUCCUAAAUUACGUAGUGUACAAUUACUUGAAAAAUUAGAAAAUUAUACCCCAAGGGGUGUUUAUUCUGGUUGUUUAGGUUAUAUUUCAUUAAAUGAGCCAAAUAAUCCUAAUAACUGUGGAGGUGGUGCUCAUUUUAGUGUUGUCAUUAGAACAGUUAUUAUUUAUGAUGAAAAAGAUAUAUCAGUUGGUGCUGGUGGUGCCAUCAUAGAUCUUUCAAACCCAGAAACGGAGUGGCAAGAAGUUUUAUUAAAAUCACAAUCCGUUAUCCCAAGGUAA